UGGUUUCAUGCGAAUGCUACAACGUGUGCGAGAUUCUUACCUCUUUAACCCACAUGAGUUAUCCAAAUGGAGUGUUUACAAUCACAAUGAAAUGUAAAUUAGUAUUUCUACUUAGGAUUUCAACGAAGCGAUAGUGUAAUAUUCGUUCUUUGAGAACAAAGACAUUUCACCUACCUACUUUGUUUUUUUUUUUUUUUUGAACUGAUACCAACUUACUUUGUUUUGUUCAUAAAGGAAAAACAUCGUCUUUUAGUGUAUCUAAAGUAAAUAUUACACAACAUUAGUGUAUCUAAAGUACAUAACUAACUUUCAGUCAACCCAAUAUUUUUCCAAAAUUUUUUUCUGAUCUUCGUGUCAGAACUUUCGUUUUGUAAACUACUAUCAUCGAAAGUUUAUGUGAUUUUAUCAAAUGGGAGGAUAAUUACAAUUUUAUAUAUAUUGCCAUAUAAAUUUGCAGAUAAUUUGAAGAUAAAAAUCCACCAGUGGAAAUGUAAAAAAACCAUCCAGUAAAAUUAGCACUUACUCACUAGAUUCUUAAUUUUCUUUAGAGCAUUUUCAACCAGCACUCUCAUUUUAAAGGAUAGACAUUUUUAAAUAAGGGCAUGAUACUCCAACGAUCAUCUUCAAUUUUCUUUUAAAUAAUUUUAAUUUUAAUUUAUAUUUUAAUCCUCAACCUUGUUAAUAAUUAACUACAGUCACUAAAUUUUCAUAAAAAAAUAAAAUAUACUAUUUGAAAGAUUAAAAUAAAAUAUUUAUGACAAUUAUAAUAUUAAGUAGUCAAAUAUAUAAAAGUGUUAAUACAUUAUUUUGAAUCAAUUUUUUUUACGAAAAUAUAAUGAUAAAUACUAGAAUGUAGUAUAUAAGAAAUUAUUCAUGCGACUGUGAAACAUAUAUAAUUAUCAAGACUAAAAAGAGAAUUGAAUUGUGUUUUGAAGGAGUGAAUAAUACACUUUUAAAUUUUGGGAUACACUAUUUAUCCUCUUAAAAUUUGAACAAAUAAUAAGUUGUUAGAAUGCAAAACUCAUAAAAAUGAAGAAAUAAAAAGCUGUUGGAAAAGUUAUAAGUUGUUUUGGAAUAAUGUGGGCCAAAUUAAUUUUGGCAUUUUUUAAAAAUGAAAUUAAUUUUGACAUUUCACCUUGUCUUUGUGUGAAAUGUGUCCCAUGAAAUGCAAUUGAGUGGAACUCCAUAUUCAUAGGAUCUGAAUGUGAAGAAACAGUGAGGUCCAUAUUCAUAGGAUCCGACUGAAAGACACCAGUGAGGUCCCUUACCUGUCUCUUUCACUUACAAAGUGGGUUUAAAUCGUCUUGGUGGGGUUCAAUAGUUCUAUGAUCAGCCUUUGAUUUAAUUCAAAUAACUAGAGAAUCACGUCUUUAAUUUAGCCGAACACACCCAAUGUCCUUAAAUUAAUGCAGCCCCUUUCCUAAAAGAUAACACCUGGCUAACAUUCAUUAAGAAUGACUCUUAUUGCAUGUCUGACCUUUCUAAGUACUGGAAUAAGAUCAAACUAAAUUAUCUAGCCUAUAAAAAGCUGAUGAACUCAUCUAAAUGCAAUUUUUAAUUAAUAUUAAGUGUAUAAACGAUGUUAACUACUUUAACUUUUAAUGAGAAAACUUAAAUGCGAAAAAUCACUUCGCAAAUAAUAGUAUAGAUAAAUAUCGUUCUAUAAAAAAAAUUUAUGUAAAUUUGUGUACAAACUUGUAGUCGAAUGUACAAGCUUCUAGCUUGAUCCAUUUCGCAUGUCUUGUUUGAUGUUUUUUUGUUUCUCUUGAAUUCACAUGUCAAUGACCACCAUAAAGUCAGUUCUUACUAAAUUUGGUGUGAAAAAUCAUACAUGUCUCUACUUUUUGAUAUUUAUUGUUUUUGAUAUGAUGCAUGCAGAUUGACAUGCCGUCUCAAAAGGGGAAGACCAGCAAAGAUCAAUGUUUAAGGAAUGCUUAAAUCGUGAAGCAUGCGUUACCUAGAACCAUCAAAAACUGACAAUGAGGUCUGGACACAACUGGAAAUGUUUUUUUGAUAUCGUUUUCCAUGCCAGAAUAUGAAUCAAUGUUUUUUUAUUAUAUGUUGAAAGUGUUUCUAUAGUUUUUCCUAGAAAACCCUUCUCUACUUUUUGUUCGUGAAUAUGUGGUUUAUUGUUUAUGAAGUUGGGAUUCAGCCCAUGUUAUAGUGUAUGGACCAAUUUGAAGACUUAUAGGAUUCUAGUUCGGUCCUUACAUUGUAUUCAAGAUGAGUUUAUGCCAAGAUUCCAUGAAAAGAGAGUUUUGGACCUUUUGGUGUAGCCGUGUAGGUGUGUGAACCAAACACCCUUCCGCCAUAACAUUGGAGUGGACUAGUCUACCUUAUAAGUAACCACAUUGCCUUUGCAUUGAAACUAGCUCGGUUUGAGUGCGUCACUAUUUUUCUCUACAUUGGUUUCCUUUUUUUUUCUAAUAUUGAAAGACACUUUCUAAUAAAAGAGGCAAAUGACUAUAGUAUGAGUAUGGGAAGCACCAGUAGACAUCUCAAAGCUGAUACAGCUAAAUACAAGGAGCUAACGUUAAGAUACCGCACGCUACACUUAGUUUGGGGAAAUGAUACAUAACCAUUCAGUACUUGCUUUAGCAUAAACCAGGACCAUCUCUAGUUUUAUGUACGUUGUUUUACCAUAUAAUAUAAUCUUUGAUGAUGUGUUUUAAAAGAUUGUUUAGCAGUUUUAGUACUUAGCUCUAAUGUAAGAAAGAAAUAAAGGCGAAUAUCACAUGAAUAGAGUUGGGUCCCUUUACAACUCAAAAUACUAUCUAGACGUUUGCUAUAACUCUGACCUCUAAUUUGUUAAUAUUCGUUUAAUUAAAUAAGUGGAUAAAGAACACGCAUUAAACUAUGUUAUAAUAAAGUACUUGAUCACAACUAUUUUCUCAUUUUGGGCGGUUAGACUUCUAUCUUCCAAUGAUUCUUCUACAAUGGUCAUAAGCCAUCGAAAGAGAAAGCUAACACUACCAUUCAGAAGAAAUGUUAAAAGAGCAACCUUUGAAAGAAAGUUCAAACCUUUUAAUAAUGAUUGUUUGCUUUGGGUGAGUCAUGGACUGAUAAACCGACAAAAGCACGAAACAGGGCAAGUGGAAGUUCUGUAAUAGAAGUGGGGGCGGACUUAGUAAUUUGUUAUAUCGCUGAGGGAGAAAGAAAGCUCUGAAAGUUUCCAUUUUUAUCUGCUUGUAGAAACGAAGAAGAAGAAGCCCUAGCAAAAAAAAAAAAGAGUCACAACAUGAAGGCGGUUGAUGAUGAUCCUGGGCAGAUUAAACGUGCCCUUAUUGAUGCUUCCGCCGGAGCUAUCUCCGGUGCUGUCUCUCGCACCGUUACUUCUCCCCUUGAUGUCAUUAAGAUUAGGUUUCAGGUUCAACUAGAACCGACAACUUCAUGGUCCAUGGUCCGGGGCAACUUGUCUGGAGCGUCCAAGUAUACUGGAAUGUUUCAGGCAACUAAAGACAUAUUUAGAGAAGAAGGUUUCCGGGGUUUUUGGCGUGGAAAUGUGCCAGCUUUGCUUAUGGUCAUGCCUUAUACUUCAAUCCAGUUUACAGUUCUACAUAAGUUGAAAUCUUUUGCAUCUGGUUCUACUAAAGCAGAGGAUCAUAUACAUUUGAGCCCUUAUCUAUCAUUCAUCAGUGGAGCUUUAGCAGGAUGUGCUGCUACACUAGGAUCUUAUCCUUUUGAUCUUCUUAGGACAAUUCUAGCCUCACAAGGGGAGCCUAAGGUCUAUCCAACAAUGAGGUCUGCAUUUGUCGAUAUUAUCAAAUCCAGAGGCGUAAGAGGAUUGUAUAAUGGACUAACACCAACACUUGUUGAGAUUGUGCCUUACGCUGGCUUGCAGUUUGGCACUUAUGACAUGUUCAAGCGUUGGAUGAUGGACUGGAACAGGUACAUGUUAUCCUCCAAAGACCAAAUAAACGUGGACACAAACCUUUCUAGCUUCCAGCUCUUUGUUUGUGGCCUUGGGGCUGGCACUAGCGCCAAACUCGUCUGCCAUCCUCUUGAUGUGGUUAAAAAGCGUUUUCAGAUUGAAGGUUUACAGAGACAUCCGAGAUAUGGAGCUAGACUGGAGCAGCGUGCGUACAGAAACAUGUUAGACGGUCUUAAACAGAUUCUGAUGUCAGAAGGGUGGCAUGGACUGUACAAAGGCAUUGUGCCAUCCACUGUGAAAGCUGCUCCUGCUGGUGCUGUUACCUUUGUGGCCUAUGAGUUUACCUCUGACUGGUUGGAAUCAGUUUCUUGGUAGAGAUUUUACACUCUUUUUCACAUUUUUUAUACUAUCUUUUUGUCUCUAGCAUUUCUUAUAGUCUCUGCCCUAUUCAUGGGUGUGUUAAACACAUUUCAUAUGAUCAUUGGUUAUUGUGGGAGUUAUACGAGUAAACAUCAAAUUUUGUCGGCAGUUUUGAAAGUUUCUAACAAGUUUAGCCGAUUCUGUAAAAUGAGAUUGUUAAACUGAGUA